CAAUCCCCCAGGAAGUGUGGUGCGAUAAAUCCUAAAGUAUUAAUCCCUUAUACCUGGAGGAAGGAGACCGAUAUUAGUAUGCAUUUCGGAUGGAAUAUACCAUUUGUGUCGCCUUUCUAAUCUACAGAUCGCUUAAAUCGGUGCUACGCAAUUAAUGCAGCGUAAACAUAAUACCGUUAACUCCCUGCAAGUUUGGGUUAUUGUUUUUCUUGUGCUGUAGCGUUGAGCUAUUCGAAAAUCGAACCCUGUCCUGCAAUGGGAUGCUGCGGUAGCACAGAGAGGACAAAGAGAGAAUGGAAACCCUUGGAGGAUCGAAGUUGCACGGAUAUGCCGUGGUUCCUUUUAUUUACUGUAUUCUGCGUCGGAAUGGGGAGUAUCUUUGGGUUCACCAUUGCCACGGGGGGCGCAGCCCGCCUGGUCUUCGGAUAUGACAGCUACGGGAACACCUGCGGCCAGCGCAAUGAGCAGAUUGAAGGGGUCAGACUGAGUGGACUGGAUCAGACGGACAAAAAAUAUGUGUUCUUCCUGGACCCGUGUAACAUUGACAUAGUGCAGAGGAAGAUCAAGUCUAUGGCCCUGUGUGUGUCCGUGUGUCCUGAUGAAGAGCUGAAGACGUACCAGGACCUCAAGCGGUUUGCCAUGCACAACGGGUCGGAGCUGUGCUCCUACGAGCUAGCCGGCCACAAAUAUCCCAGCCUUCCAGAGAGGUUUGACAAAUGUCCCAAACUUCCAGUUCCACCAAGCAAAUCUCUCCCGGUGUUUAACCGCUGCACGCCGGUGGACAUCUCCUGCUAUGCCAAGUUUGCCGAGGCUGUGGUGACGUUUGUGAGUGACAACAGCGUGCUGCACAGGCUGAUCGCUGGUGUGAUGGCCAGCAAGGAGAUCAUCGUGGGCCUCUGCCUGCUGGCACUAGUUCUCUCCAUGAUCCUGAUGGUGAUCAUCCGCUACAUCUCUGCUGUGCUGGUCUGGAUCCUCACUGCCACGGUGGUCCUGGGCUCUCUGGGGGGCACAAGCAUCCUGUGGUGGCUGUACAUAGACCACCGGUUAACUGUCAAUGAGACCCUAUCUAAAAAGACUGCAGAUACUGAAGAUGCUAAGGAGGAAGCUGAGAUGUCCAGGGACAAAGCCCAGGCGCUGCUGGUGUAUGCCAUCGCUGCCACCGUAUUCACAGUGAUCCUUCUCCUGCUGAUGCUGUUCAUGAGGAAGCGCGUGGCGCUGACCAUCGCCCUGUUCCACGUGGCCGGCAAGGUGUUCAUCCACCUGCCGCUGCUCACCCUGCAGCCCUUCUGCACCUUCCUGGCCCUGCUCCUCUUCUGGCUCUACUGGAGCCUGGUGCUGCUCUUCCUUGGGACUACCGGGAACCCGGUCCAGAACGAGGAGACGGGUCUGACAGAGUUCCGGCUGACUGGGCCUCUGCAGUACAUGACGUGGUACCACGCUGUGGGCCUCAUCUGGAUCAGUGAGUUCAUCCUGGCCUGCCAGCAGAUGACUGUAGCUGGGGCUGUGGUCACGUACUACUUCACAAGGGACAAGAACAAGCUGCCGGUGACGCCCAUCCUGUCGUCAGUGUUGAGGCUGAUGAGGUACCACCUGGGCACCGUGGCCAAGGGCUCCUUCAUUAUCACCCUGGUCAAGAUCCCACGCCUCUUCCUCAUGUACGUCCACAACCAGCUCAAGGGCAAGGAAAAUGCAUGUGCUCGCUGCAUGUUGAAGACCUGUAUCUGCUGCCUGUGGUGUUUGGAGAAGUGCCUCAACUAUUUGAAUCAGAAUGCGUACGCGGCGACAGCCAUCAACAGUACCAGUUUCUGUACGUCGGCGCGCGACGCCUUCGUGAUCCUGGUGGAGAACGCUCUGAGGGUUGCGGCCAUCAACGCUGUUGGAGACUUUGUCCUUUUCCUUGGCAAGAUCCUGAUCGUGACUUCCACAGCGUUCGCCGGCGUACUGCUGCUUAACUACCAGCGGGACUACGCAGAGUGGGUCCUCCCCCUCAUCAUCGUCUGCCUCUUUGCCUUCCUGGUGGCCCACUGCUUCCUGUCCAUGUUCGAGAUUGUGGUGGACGUGCUCUUCCUCUGCUUCGCCAUCGACACCAAAUACAAUGACGGCACACCGGGCAGAGAGUUCUACAUGGACAAAGCCCUGAUGGAGUUUGUGGAAAACAGCAGGAAGCUGGAGCGGGUGGCGGAGCGAGGGCGGAGCCGGCCCACUGAGGUGGUGUCGGUGGAGGGGGCGGAGAUAAAGCCCAUGGCUCCAGGAACAAGUUCAGCUUGACCAAAAUCACCUAAUGGGACUUUUUAAAAAGACAUUCCAAAAUGUUUAUUUUUACCAAUGUGUAACAUGUUUACUAUGGUUUCACUCCAGGGAAUACAAUAUUUUAAUAAGAAACUGUAAAAAAAAAAAAAAACGAUGUAAUGAAGCACUUUAUAUUGAAGCCCUGCAUAUUUUAAAAGGCUGAUGCAUUUUUCGUAGUGAUGUCCUUUUUUAAAGACUAAAAAAAUAAUUGCCAUCUAGUCGAACACACAGUACUAAAAUGUAUUGAAACACUUUGGGUUGGACAUUUGUCAUGCAAUGAUAUAGCACUUAGAUGUGUGUUUUUAAUCAACCACUGAAACUUAAGUACGUUAGACUCACGUUUGCAUUUGAAUUGUGCGCCAUGUAAGAGUUUUUGUUUUGAAAGUAGGUGUAUUUUUUACCUGAUUGCAGCGUACUUCUGAAAGUUAUUUUUUUUCUCUUCCCCAAGGCUGGCUGUGAUUUUUAUUUAUUUUUCUUACAUUUUUGGGAUGUACAGAAACCGAGGAUGCGAUCAUACAACUGUGUAACAGCAGGGGGAAGACCACUUCUAGUUCCCAUGGUUUGGAGGGACGCAGAGACAAAGUUACUGCCGAUUGGAAGUUUAUCCCCCUUACACCUAGACACUUCUUCUUAGAUAUACAAGGGACCAUGAGAAGUUUCUAGGUGUAGGGACUAGGGCUGCGGCGGUCAUGAAAUUUUGUCAGCUGGUCUCAUGGUAAUUUAGCAUCUCCUGGCUUCCAUGCAUAGCCUACAAGCCACUGAUGCAGACCUUUGGAACAUCAACAUUUAAAAAAAGUAUAAAUCUAUUUAAUAUAGCCUACAGGUCUAAAUAAACAUGACACAAAGAAAAUGUAGUCUAUUUCAGAAGAACAGAAUAGCAUACUCUGAAUUGUCCUUAUGUUUGGCCCUGAUCUGGCUAUUCUACACUUCACUAGUGUACCUACUAGGGGUUCAUUUUUUUGAAUUGGACAUGACAUUAACAGAGAACUAUCCAGAAGGCUGCAAAGUCUGUUGCUUUUCUUAGAACUCAACCAAUUGUGCCCUAGUUUAUUGAUCAAACCAGUCAGUCUUUAUUUGGAUCGAUGGACAUUUGACCUAAUUGGAGUCCUCUUCCACUGUUGUGGGAAGUCUCAGUAGAAAGCAAACUCAGACUUUGUAGCCCUCAAGCAAUAACGCAACACCGUCAGUAUUUACCACUACAAAAAUGUCUUCCUACUUGCACUACAGUUUUUCAAGACAAACGGUCCUGGCAUAGCGAUAGCAUCUCUGUGAUGUUAGGUGAGGGGGACACAAACUCGCACUUUGCCUUAACCGGUUCCAUAGGCUGCGCCCACUAUGUUAUUGGUUAGUAAUGUGACUCCCAUACGUGUAUAAUGGGGGUAGAAGUGCUGUAAGCCUUAAAGUCCCCUCUUCUUUUUGCAGUAGAUUUGUGUAUUUGAUACCCAGAGCACUGAAUCCAUCGACGCGACUGAAGAACUGUCCCCCCUUUUUAUUUUAUUGAUCUUCUAAGUCAGAAAAUGCCACCUUUGUUUAUGUGAAGGGGUUCAGAAUGGUAUGAAUAGCACAUUAUGAUGUAUGCAGUUAUUUUGUAAUGGGAGUUUAAUAAUGUGUUGACAAGACUGAAUAGUAUUCUAAAAUUAAGUGAUCCUGGUGGAUAUUUUCAUUGUUGUUGGUUGGAGAGGUGGCUGUGACUGUUCACAUAACCUUUCAUUUUCAGCCUCUCGUGUGAGCGAACAAGCGCCAGCCGUCCUUCACAAAAACAAUGUUUCAAGAUAGGAAAACUAAAGUAUUUUGGUAAGCUUUUCUCCAGGUAUACACUAGACCGUACACUAGAAUUUGCCCAGGAAAUAUUAAGAGCAUGCAUGUAAAGGUCAAACCGAAUCGUCGUUGGCACAAAUCUAAUGCGCAUAGCAUGUUAAGAAUUGCACUAAGGUGGUAUUCAUUUCAACGCUGAGAUCAAUUUUAAGAUAUCUGUUAAAAUAGUUAAAUGUCUAGCUUGGUCAGUCAGUACAAUUAGAGCUUUUUUCAGAGGACAGAACUUUCCCUAAAAGACGUAUAGUGCAAUCAAGGAAUCCACUUAUGACACAGGGCAUACUACUGAUAACUCGGCAAUUAUCUGGGUGUGUGUCCAUUAUAGAAGACCAAGAUUAUAACCGAGGGACACACUACAUCGGGCACUACCAGGCAUAACCCACGCCGUUCUGUUUGCCAAACUCUACCAGUCGACGCACACAAUGGGAAACUCAAACACUGACAACUUGGACAGAGACGUUGUUGUGCUAAAUGGGGGAACACUGAUGGUGUGUUUUAUUUUUCUUUCAAACAUUUUAUUCGCCUGUAAAGCAAGCUGCUCUGCCAACAGCGGAGACGCGAGGCUUGAUUUGUCAGCUUCUAUUGCCGCGCGGCAGAAAGCCCUACUACUUGGAAGAGCCAGUAUUGUUAAAGCCAGUAGCUACUCAAAACGAUGGACCAUAAACAACCUGCAUGUUUUCCGUCCCGGUUUUAUUCUCGCUCCCUUUUUAGAGCGAGCCAUCAAUAUGUUGGGUGUGAAUAUUACGGCAUUAGAUCCACGUGACUUAACACUGACUUUACUGAUAGAACAAUAGCUUUACUCAGCAACAAAGCCACUGUUUUUCGAGAUGAGUCAACCUCUUCUUCGUUCUUGGAAACAAACUGCGCGUCUAUUCUUGUCACACAGGAAUGGACAAUUACUAGAAAAAGAUACUUAUGAAUAGGCAACAUCAGUUUAAUUGUCUGGUAACAUUAGCUAUUUCUCUGCGGUAAGGUUGUUUAACAUUGGACAAUGUUUGAUUUUUAUAUUUAUGUAUGUAUAUUUGUUAAAGAUGAAGGUAAUAAAUUGGAAAAUGUACA